AUGGCGGAACGUAGUUUCCAAGCAUCGGGGAUAACGUCCGACGACACCAAGUACGGCUACAUAUUGGGUGCUCUAAACCCGCAGUACGCCGCCGAGGUACGGGACAUCAUUAUGGACCCACCAGCCUCUGGGCCGUACCAGAAGCUGAAGACGGAGCUGAUACGCCGGCUGAGCUCGUCGCAAGAGCAGAGAACGCGACGCCUCCUCGAGCACGAAGAGAUGGGGGACAGAAAGCCAGCGCAAUUCCUACGGCACCUCCGAAGACUGGCAGGUAAAACCGUCACGGACAGCGUAUUGCGGACGUUAUGGUUGGGACGACUGCCUACGAAUAUCCAGGUAAUACUCGCGACGCAGAAAGACGUUGACCUGGAUAAAGUAGCGGAGCUCGCAGACGCGGUCGCCGAAACGGUGACCCACCGCGUACAGAUUGCCGAAACGACACCCGUGGCGGGCCACGAUUUCGAGGCCUUACUGAAUGGUAAGAUGGCUCAGCUGGCGGUGUCAUUGCGGCAAGAGAUUUCCGCCAUUCGAGAGGAACUGAUCUCCGAGCGUCGGCCGUCGCGUCACGACGGAAAUUUUCGCCCUAGAUCACCCAGCCAAGUACGUUCGCGAUCCGAUUCCCGGAACCGUCGUCACGGAAAACGCGGGGUGUGCUGGUAUCAUUGGGCGUUCGACGCCGACGCCCAGAAGUGCGUGCAACCGUGCACGUGGAGCAACGCGGGAAACGAACGGGGCAGUCAUUAA